AUGAUACCAUGGAUGCGUGAAAAAUUUGCUGAACGACGUGCCCGCUGGCAACAGUCACGCAGCAACAAACAUCCGCGCGGCCUCGCCGAUGGAGCAGCGUCAAGCUGCAGCUCGCCAUCAUCGAGCACCGGGCCGGAACCGUCGUCGGGCACUUCGACACCCGGUACGAAUGUAUCGCCCGUGCACCAGUCUGUCUCAGCAUCACGUCAGCACAAGCAUCGCCAUGGGCAACGAACAUCCAAAGGACAUCAUCAUCAAUCGCAGCAACCGUUACCUUCUACCAGCGGAACAUGGCGUUCGAGAUCAUCCAAAAGAGAAACUCAAGAUGAUGGUCCGUCUAACUACUGCCCUACGCAGUCCGUUUUGCUGCGAAUCAUAAGCCCACGUGGAGGUAUGGUCGAUGUGGAAGUGAUGCGUACCUUCACGGGUCGGCAGUUAAAAAUGUACGCCUUGGAAAAAUUUGCCAGCAAUGCCUUCACGAUGCCACACUUUUCGUCCGAUUUGGAUGAGCUGGCCAACCGGUACCGAAUGAUACGGUCACAGAACAGACGCAUCUUCCGCGAUGAAGAUGUGCUGAGCGAUGUGAACGAUGAAGAAGAGUUUCUGCUUGUGGCGAAGCGUAUCGAUGCAGCACCAGCCGAAGAAAGCCUUAAAGGACCUUCCCCAGCCGAAAUAUUGGCCGCCACGCGCCAUAUACCAUUGUCCCGCAUAAAUCAAUCCUCCGUCAACUUUAACCUAGGCAUGCUGCAAACCGACCUGCGACAGGAUCUUCGAAGAAUCAUGAUAUCGCUCUCCAUUGCGUCCGCUUACGUACACGGAACGGGCCCAUGCGCCGGCAAACUCAUCGCGCUGUAUCAGCAACGGCUCGUCAAUCGCAAGCGUCAUCAAAUUAGUUCUGUCGAGACGCUGCUCGAGAUGGGAUUUUCGUUGGAAAAAAUUAAUCAAGCCUUACAAAUUAAAAAGAACGUAUUUCCGGAGGCACUGGACUGGUUAAUACAGAACGAUAGUACGUCGAUGUUUUAUAACUGUGAUAAGAACGCUUUGUGUGCGUCCUCUUCCGCAACGACGAAUCAAAUUCAAGAUGCAGCAACCAGCGGUACGGGCUACGAAUCACCGACUAACAGUGGGCUUUCGCCCACCGGUGCUUCGAUCGUUGGCCGUGGACGGAAGAAAUCAAACGUCGAGUGUGAUAGUAGAUCGACGUCUACACCAUCGUCUGCCGGGAACUCGAUCGAUGAGGACGAAGAACAAUCGGCGGAUCCAUUUACGAUGAAGUGUGAAAACAUUGCUGCCUUGCUGGAAAUCGUACGCCUGUAUUCGGAGCAAACGGUCAUUCCUGAUCCGGAAUUGGUUUCCUCCAUUGCGGAGAUGGGUUUCGAGGAGGAAAACGUUCUUGAAGCGUUGGUUGCGACGCACAACAAUCAAGCGGCAGCGUGUGAAUGGCUGCUAGGGAAUCGUACGAAAAGUGUGCAAGGUGUAAACGAUGGUCUACCGGCAGAUUCGCCGUUCCUGCGCGUGCUGCUGGGUUCACCACAAGUACAAAUUAGUCUAGGAAACCCAAAAAUGUUUAUUGCACUGAUCUCAAUAUUGGACAACUAUUCCACGAUGACUAUGUGGCUUAACGACAACGACACAUCAGCCGUGCUGGGACACAUUCUGCGUACGUAUCACGAGGAGAAACACAUUGGCGCUAUUAACCAGUUCAACAAUGCGCAAGGAAGCUCUAGCAGUCACCAGUAG